GUAAGUAGCUGUAUAUGCUCAGCGUGUUGCAAAUCGCGUGCCACUUUUGAAGAUUUCAUAAGGCGAUCCAAAGUCUGUACGGAAACGAAAACGGUGAAUUUAUGAGGCGCAUGCAGGCAAUCGGUUUAUGAUAUCAGUAGCUUUAGAUACAGUUUCUUCCCGAUUUUUGAGUCAUUUUGUCGACAGCACUCGAAGGCAGCAGUUGGAUGCAGGAUGAUUCGAUUGAUAGCUUCAGUUUUAUUUUUAUUUCUCAAUAUUUCGCUUAGAAUUUGCGGAACGAUACCAUCGAAAAGCGAACCCGCACUUUUAGUGAUUUCCUAUGAUGCCUUUCGCCCGGAAUAUUUAAAUCGUGGAGUUACACCACAUCUAAAUAGAUUUCGGAAAGAGGGCACUUCGGCACAAUUCAUGUUUAACGUUUUUCCCACGAAGACAUUUGUCAAUCAUUUUACCAUCGCAACGGGCCUGUAUGCAGAGACGCACGGUGUGUUAGCAAACGAAGUAUAUGAUUCAGAGCAAGGAAAAUUGUUCUACGGCUAUGAUUUAUUUCAUUAUAGCAAUAAAACGAUUCCACUUUGGACGGCAAAUGAAAAAUCUGGCAAACAUUCCGGCUGCAUGAUGUGGACUGGUAGUAACUUCGAAUACGAUGGUAUAAAUUGUACGUUCACUGUGGGAUUCAAUGAAGAAAUGAAGUGGGAGGAUAGAGUUGACAUCGCCUUGUCAUGGUUUAACGACAAGAAAACACCAGCGAAUCUCGUUAUGUUGUACAUUGAAGAGCCUGACUCGCAUGGGCACAUUUACGGGCCCGACUCACCUGAGAUAACGAAUAUGGUGGCGAGACUAGAUAACCUCACGCAAUAUAUUCAAGACAAGUUGACUGCAACGGGCUUGGACAAACGUGUCAACGUAGUUCACGUGUCUGAUCACGGAAUGAUUGGCGUAGCUCCACCGAAUUUCAUUUAUUUGAAUGAGACUUUAGCUAACGACAAUUGUGAAAUAUUCGGAACAUCGCCAGUGCUACAAAUUGUACCAAAGGAUAAAACCAAAGAGGAUGAUAUUUUUGCCAAGUUAACCAAGGCUGCCGAGCAGAACGGCCACUUUAAAGUCUUCAAUCAGAAGAAUAUUCCAGUGCGAUGGCAUGUAAAUAAUACUCGACGCAUGGGACCGAUACUUGCUGUAGCCAACAGUGGAUACGGGUUCCAGGAUUUAUGGGGAAAUGCGCUAAUUUAUGAAAGAAAAUACAAUAUUUCGAUAACCAACAAGACCAAAUACGGUGUUCAUGGGUAUGACAAUCAAGAUCCAAAUAUGCAUGCAAUUUUUAUGGCCAAAGGACCACUAUUUGCCAAAGGCAAAACACUCAAAUCUGUCAAUAUGAUUGAUUUGUACAACUUAUUCUGUUACAUUCUAAAUAUUCAAUGUCACCAAACGGAUGGAGCGAAAAAACUCGAUAUGUACGACGAUCUGUUUGCCCGUAAACCCGUUAGAGCCACUCAGAAAGACGAGAGCUCAUCACUGGCCACAUGGGGCGUAUUAUUCGUACUUUUGACAGUUGUGACAAUUGUAAUUAUGAAAGUGAGAAAACUUCGUCGGCAAUAUGCUUAUCAGAGAUAUCAAGAACAAAGUAAGCACCUUCUAACUGACUUCGAGAUGGAUGAUGAACCAUCAGUUCGGUACAGCUGAAGACGAUAGGAAUCAAUUUAUGGUAGCUUUAUAUUUGAUAUGAAUCUCCUACAAUUAUUAUUUAAUUACGGGUUUUAUUUUUUAUAUAUAUUCUCGACUUUAAUUUGUUUGUAUAUUCUUAAUGUUUAAGCGAAGUGAAGCUCUGCGAUCUAGAUUUUUUUGCUUAUUAAAUUUGCCUAUAAGCUCUAGUUUAGCGGUAUUUUUUCAUACUAACAAUGGUAACACUGUGAAACGACAAAAAUGAAUGGAAUUCAAAUUGUCGUUGAAAAUGAAAUCAAAAUUCUUCCUCAUCCUGAUACGGACAUUCAACACGUAUAAAUUUUUAGUUUUGAAUUGUUAUGCAUAAAUUGAAACCGAAACUACGUCAAAUCAAUUUACCUCCUGAAUUACCAAUUCAACAUGUUGAUAAAAUAUAUCUUUUAGAUUACCCAUUUUGUUUUUGUUAAUUUUUAUGCAUAUAUUUUGUACACUACAGAUAUAAUUGAAAGAAUAAACUAAAAAUCAAUACAAAAUAAGCUCAA